GAGCGUUGUGGUAUGCUUUUGAUGACUCAUACCUUUGGUGAAGACUGCCUUUGGCUGGACACUUCUCGUCAUUUAGAAAAUAGACCUGCUGGUAAGGAGUAAGAACGUGACAAUGAAACAGCUUCACAAAAAGAGGAAGCGUAAUGUAGAUUCCAAGGACCAUCUGACUCAGGAGCGAGGCAAGGAACAAGCUAAAGAUGACAAGAAACAGAAGAAUGGCAUGAGUACUCCCUGUCAAGUAAGUUUAGCUGCUCAACAGGAGACUUGGUCUUGGGAUCAAUACUUAAAAGAACAGAAUGCUGUAGCAGCCCCUGCUCAACUUUUUUCUAAGGAUCAGUCCUUUCCUGAGCAUGAAAAUGGUUUUCAAAUUGGAAUGAGAUUAGAAGGCAUUGACCCCCAGGAUCCAUCUAAAUUCUUUGUGCUCUCUGUAGCUGAGGUUUGUGGUUAUCGCCUAAGACUUCAUUUUGAUGGCUAUUUAAGCUGCUAUGAUUUUUGGACCAAUGCAGGUUCCCCUGAUAUUCACCCAGUGGGGUGGUGUGAAAAGACCAAACAUGAAUUGCACAUCCCUAAGGGUUACCGAAAGGACAGGGUUACUUGUAUGGACAACUUGAAGACCUCCAAAUUACAAAAUGCUCCCAAGAAGCUGUUCCUAAGCAGUAGUAUUAUUGGAACCCCAGCAGAAGAAUUUCGGGUAGGAAUGAAGCUUGAAGCAGUGGACAGAAAGAACCCUUCCUUGGUGUGUGUGGCUACCAUCACAGAUAUUGUUGGAGAUCGCCUACUUGUGCACUUUGACAACUGGGAUGACAGCUACGAUUAUUGGUGUGAUAUUUAUAGUCCUUUUAUUCAACCAGUUGGAUGGUGUCAGAAAAAUGCAAGAACUCUGAUAGCACCCCAAGGCCAUCCUGAUCCAGAAAAUUUUUCUUGGACAGACUACUUGGAGACUACUCAAUCUUCUGCAGUACCAGUCAAGGCUUUUAAAAUGCGAAAGCCUCAUGGAUUCCUGGUGAAUAUGAAACUUGAAGCAGUGGACAAGCGUAAUCCUAGGCUAAUUCGUGUUGCUUCUGUCGUAGAUGUAGAAGACCAAAGAAUAAAGGUCCACUUUGAUGGCUGGAGCCACAAAUAUGACUAUUGGAUGGAUGUUGACAGCCCUGACAUUCACCCAAUAGGAUGGUGCAACAUGACAGGUCACCCGCUAGAAGUGCCAUAUCGAGAAAAAGAUGAGAAAACUGCUUCAGGACAAGCUGUUUGUCCCACUCCAGGCUGCCGAGGAGUAGGCCAUGUCAGAGGUCCAAGCUACAUGGGACAUCACAGUGCUUAUGGCUGCCCCUAUUCCGACAUAAACUUGAAAAAGGAAGCAAUGCUUCAUCAUUGUUUGGGAAAAGAAACACAGACAAAUCUCGUGGCUGACUCUUCACGUUCAAAAUUGAAAGGUCUUUGUAGUGUGAACUUCAAUGGAAAACAUGAAAAGUUGAACAGUAAACUCAGACUUGUACAGCAGGCAAAGUGUCUGAAAAUCAAAGGAAAAGAAGAUAUUGACUUGGAUAAUUUGUUCAGAGAAUACUCUACUGAAAGUACACAAUUGGCCCUCCACCAGUCAGUUUUCCUGUCUACCAUGUCAACCCAUCCCUCCCGAGACCUUCCCCUCUGCAGGGAACAGCAUUGCAAGCUUCUUCCGGGUGUGGCUGAUAUCCAGGCAAGUGAAGUAGCCAAUUGGACUGUUGAUGAGGUGGCAAAUUUUGUGCAAAGCCUUCCAGGCUGUGAAGAUCAUUCCAGAUACUUCAGGAAAGAGCAGAUUGAUGGCAAAGCCUUCCUGCUUCUGACCCAGACAGAUAUAGUCAAAGUGAUGCGUAUUAAACUUGGCCCAGCAUUGAAGAUUUAUAAUUCCAUCCUGAUGUUCAGGAAUGCCCAGGACCUUGGAGAAACAGAUUCUGCCUCUAGCAAAGUCAUCAGGGAAUAGAUGUGCCACUCUCUCCUGGACACUUUGAACUUAGGUUAUUCAAGCAAUAAAAUCUGGAAUAUGUUAAUUUGAUUUCUCAUGUUUUACCUGGUUGCGUCCAUACUGAAAAAUGUUAAGUGUCUAAGCUUUAUACAUUGAAAAGAUUUUGGUGACAGAGUGCCAGAAUUCAGAAAGUUUUAGGCACAUUCGAAUGUCCACCAACAUUGUUAUUCUUUGGCAAAGUCUUAUCACAUCAGACAAACCAAAGAUGUCCACACAUACAUUCAUUUUUAUCCAUUCCCUAGAUUCCAUUAAAGAAGCCAUUUCCCAUCUCCCAGGCAUAAAACCCUCAAGUGGCGAAAUAUUAGAAAAACAGUGUUCAUAAAUACACUGUUAAUGUUUUCACCAGAACAUCCGAACUUGGCUCAGAUUUGCCAUCUGGACUGUAAUGAGUCUGCAAAAGAUACACGGAGGGAAGAGACAAAGACCUGGUGCUUUAAAAAGAUGUCUUGUGAGAUUUUUGUGUACUUUACUCAGGAAAGUGUGAAUGCUUUAAGAAAAAAAAAAGCACAUGUUUUCAUGAUUCAUUAAUUCUCUUUUUUUGUCUAAGUAACCAUUUCUUGGUUGUUCACUAAAGACUCCUUGGGACCUUAAAAAGGGGGAUGUGAUGAUGUAAUAUGACAAAAAUCAGGCCUAGGCAUUUUAAAAUGAAACACUCAUCUGCCUGGCUCUGACAGUCAUCCAGUCCCCUAGUGUUUUAAAUGGUAUAGCAUUGGGAUCUGUUUAUAACACUGCUUUUGGCUGACAAUCUGCCUUCAUAGAUGAACUGUAUUAUGUCAGGCUUCUGCUCUGUAUAAUUGAUCACAUUCAGGGGGCGGGACUUGGCCUUCUGUACUUGUAAUCUUUGCGAUCAAGAGCUGUGUUAUUAACGGACGAUGAGAUGAGCCUAUUGUAUUUUUUAAAGCAAGAGAUAUAUCAUCAUAAAAGAAUGCUCAGAAGGAGGGGACUUGAAAAGAAUUGUCUCCCACAUUCAGGUGUUUUGUAAGCUGAUGUUUUCCUACAAGUAAUUAUACCUGAAACUAAAAUCCUAUGGGAUCCUCCAUAAUUGGCACUUCUUUUCAGAUGGGCACCUCCACAAGGGAAUGGAGAAUGUGUGCACAUUAUUAAUUCCACCAUGUUUGCAGAAGGAAAAUGACAGAGAAAUCAGGAGGAAAAUGAUAAAAGUUCUACUAUCACUCCCUCUACUUGCAACUAGUUAUUAUGUUUUUCUAAUAUUGUAUCUAUUUGGAUAGAAGUGUCAACAACACCAUCUACUUGAGGAAAAACAUCUCUAAAGCAUAUGCAUUUGUUAUGUUUCCUUGGGGUCUUUGAUUUAGAUAGAAUUUUAAUAUAUUAUUGGUUGAUGUAAAUUUCCAUUUCUGUGAUUUUACCAAAUCUUUCUAUGGGUAAAUGAAACCCCUGCUUUUACUAUAUUCAUAUUUUAAUAUAUUUUAA